AUGGGUCUCUUCAAGAGCGCCUCCAAGGUGGCCGUGACGGUCGAUCUCCCCGCUAACGCUGCGGCGGAGCACCCGCGCACGUACGCGAUCCUGACGCAGCACGCGGACAAGAAGGGCAACGUGGCCGACGUCGAGGGCCUCAAGCAGGUCGUGCGCGCCCUCAACGGCGACGACGCGGCCAAGAAGAUCCCGGAGAAGGGCACCAUUGCCUUUGCCGACCUUGUAGAGAUGCUCAAGGCUCCCGUCACGGAGCAGGAGGGCAACUGCGUCGCGUGGGCGUGCCACGACACCACCGGCGUUCUGCAGCCCUUCGGGUUCGACCGCCGCGCCGUGGGCCCGAACGACAUCUCCCUGAAGAUCUGCUUCGCGGGCGUGUGCCACUCCGACAUCCACCAGGCCCGCGGCGAGUGGGGCAACUCGGUCUACCCGAUGGUGCCCGGCCACGAGAUCGCGGGCAUCGUCACGGCCGUGGGCGCCAACGUGAAGAAGUUUGCCGUCGGCGACCGCGCGGGCGUGGGCUGCUUCACGGACUCGUGCUCCAAGUGCGAGAUGUGCAAGACGCACAACGAGCAGCACUGCGCGGAGGGCUGCCUCAUGACGUACAACGCCAAGGACAAGGAGGGCACCCUCCAGCAGGGCGGGUACUCCACGCACAUCGUUGUGGACCAGGACUACGCUCUCAAGAUCCCCGCGGGCCUCCCGCUCGACAAGGCCGCGCCGCUGCUGUGCGCGGGCAUCACCACGUACUCGCCGCUGCGCUCGUACGGCCUCGACAAGCCCGGCAUGACCGUUGGGGUCGUCGGGUUUGGCGGUCUGGGCCACAUGGCGAUCAAGUACAUUCGCGCGAUGGGCGGCACGCCGGUCAUCAUCUCGCACAGCCCCGGGAAGAAGGAGGACGCGAUCAAGCAGGGCGCGAAGUUCGUGCUGUCGUCGGACGAGGAGCAGAUGAAGGCUGAGGCGGGGACGCUCAACGGGAUCAUCGACACGGUUUCGGCCAACCACGAGGUCACGACGUACUUCCCGCUCCUGAAGCCCUUCGGGAAGUACGUGCUGCUCGGCGUGCCGUCGGCGCCCUACACGCUCCCGGCCGUGCCGAUGCUCUUCCAGCACAUCUCGGUGGGCGGCAGCCUGAUCGGCGGCAUCAAGGAGACGCAGGAGAUGCUGGACUUCUCCGCGAAGCACAACUGCACGUGCGACAUCGAGGUCAUCCCCAUCGACAAGAUCAACGAGGCCUACGAGCGCACCAUCGCCUCGGACGUGCGCUACCGCUUCGUCAUCGACGUGCAGGGCUCGCUCGUGCACCCGCGCGAGUAA